GCGUCCCAGCCCCGGAGGAGGGACCCGGAAGCAGAAGCGGAGCCGCGAGUCGAGCCGAGCCGCUGCCCCCGCUGCCCGCCGGCGCCGGGUGGGGGUCCCGGCGGCUGGAUGGGCAGCGGCGGCUCCGGCCGCGGGCGGCGAUGGGCGAGGAGCAGAGCACGGUGAGCGGCGGCGGCGGCGGCGGCGGGCCCCUGGAGGGGCGGGCCCCCGCUGGCGGCGCCACGGGCCACCCCGAGCCCCCGAGGCCGCCCGGGGACAGCGCCGGGGCGCCCGGGCCGCGCGCCUCCUCCGCCGAGCCGAGCAGCGGCAGCUGCGGAAGCGACUCGGGCUGCGCGGACACGAGCGCCCCAGAGCCCGCGAGGAGCCGGGGGGCCCCGAACUGGAGGAAGAGCCAGGCACCGGGGCAGCCCGCGGGGCUGGCCUUCACCGGGCCCCUCAACGCCCAGGCUUUGCAACAGCAGCUGGCAAAGGAGGAGGAGGAAGCGGGGGCCCGAAGCGAGAGAGGGGAUGAACAGCAGGAGGCGCCCCCCGACGAGGAGCCGGAGCCCCGGACCCGCGUCGGGGCCCCGGACGGACUUGUCCUCGACGUGCUGGGCCAGAGGCGCCCGCCCCCGGCCAAGAGACAAGUCUUCUGCUCCGUGUUCUGCGUGGAGAACGACCUGCCCGAGGUCCCCUCGGCGGAGCGGCUGUCGCUGCCCGCGUCGCCACCUCGGGCUCCGCCGGUGACCAAUCCUCCCAGCACCCCCUCCUCGUUCCCCAGCCCCCGGCUGUCGCUCCCAGCGGACCCCCUGUCCCCCGACGGCGGCAGCAUCGAGCUGGAGUUCUACCUGGCGCCCGAGCCGUUUUCAGUGCCCAGCCUGCUGGGAGCUCCACCCUACUCUGGCCUGGGUGGGGUCGGGGAUCCCUAUGCGCCCCUUAUGGUGCUGAUGUGCCGGGUGUGCCUGGAGGACAAGCCCAUCAAGCCCUUGCCCUGCUGCAAGAAGGCCGUGUGCGAGGAGUGCCUCAAAGUCUAUCUGAGCUCCCAGGUACAACUUGGCCAAGUUGAAAUCAAAUGCCCUAUCACAGAAUGUUUUGAAUUCCUGGAAGAAACAACGGUUAUCUAUAACUUAACCCAUGAAGACUCCAUCAAAUACAAAUACUUCUUGGAACUUGGCCGUAUUGAUUCCAGCACCAAGCCAUGUCCUCAGUGCAAGCACUUUACAACCUUCAAGAAAAAAGGACAUAUUCCCACCCCUUCCAGAUCAGAAAGCAAAUACAAAAUCCAGUGCCCCACUUGCCAAUUCGUCUGGUGUUUUAAGUGCCACUCUCCUUGGCAUGAAGGUGUUAACUGCAAGGAGUACAAAAAAGGAGACAAAUUAUUGCGUCACUGGGCCAGCGAAAUUGAGCAUGGGCAGAGAAAUGCCCAGAAGUGUCCAAAGUGCAAGAUCCACAUCCAGAGAACUGAAGGGUGUGACCAUAUGACCUGUUCACAAUGUAACACUAAUUUUUGUUAUCGAUGUGGGGAGAGAUACCGCCAGCUCCGUUUCUUUGGAGACCACACAUCAAACCUCAGUAUAUUUGGAUGCAAAUAUCGCUACCUCCCAGAGAGACCUCAUCUAAGGAGACUAGUGAGAGGGUCAGUCUGUGAAUGGUGUCGCUGCUUUAUUCUUCAACAGUUAUUCUACUGCAAAGUCUCGCCAUUCCUUCUUCAUCUCUUGCUCUGGAAAAUUAUUCGUUGCACCUCUAAUUCUGGUCUUGGGAUUAGCACUAGGGGCCAUAGCAGUUGUAAUCGGUUUAUUUGUAUUUCCUAUCUAUUGCCUUUGUAAAAAACAGAGAAAACGAUCACGGACAGGAAUGCACUGGUAAAUGCAGAUGAUUUCAUCUGACUAUGCUGGUCCGGGUAGGAGCAACACAAAAUUAUACACCCGUCCAAGGGUCGCAUCUUGAAAACCGCCAAGAGGACCCUGCUGCCAUCUCUUCUCCUGUGUUCUCUGCAGGCCACAAUGCCUCUAGCUCCGGUGCAUUCCCGACAUGGUAUCCUGUCCUUUCCUUAUACAAAUUGCUGCUUUUACAAAAUGGUCACUUUCAUAGACUAUAAACCUCUAUAUCAUAACUCUGAUCUUCUUAAUGGUUCUUGGAAGAAAAUAUUUUCAUUAGAACCAGUUAUCCUCAGAACCGUCUGAGCCUGCGCCUUCUGAGCAUUGCUUGGACUGUCUUUGUACCUGAACCUCCCUCCAGGCCCUCUUCUGAGACUUGGUGUGAAUAACUGAAGUCCCGCCUGUACCAACAAGCAAGGCCACUUUUCAGAAGACGAAGGCUCACUGUAUGCACCUGUUUUCAUCUGUGGCCCAAGCAGUAUAGUUCCUUCAUCCUUCAGAUGCUAUAAUUGUUAAAAAUCUCAAUGCCCAAAAGGGAACUAGUGAAACUAAACGAAUGAGAAGAAUCACAGUUACUGAAGUGUAUAUGUGUAGGAGUGUGAACGUGUGUGUAUAUACAUAUCUAUAUUAAAACUAGGUCCAUUACCUUGUACUUGUCAAGUUCCAUGCCUCUGCACUAUUUUUCCACAUUUUCAUAGACAUAUUUAAAGAUGAUCCUUCCUUCGUGGGCAUAAUUUGGUAACAUACUGAAUUAAAGUCAA